AAGUCAUCGUCUACCCAAUCAAUCACCCAAAACGAAAACCUUUUCAUUCUCAUCCUCAUUCACAGUCCCAAACUCUCCCAACAAUGGCGAUCUCUGCAACUCCAAGAUCAACAACCCAUCUCUGUUUCCUCCUCCUCCUAACCCUCCUCUCUCUCUUCUCUCUCUCCUCCUCCUUCUCCUCCUCCUCCUCCGAUGGCUUCUCCCUCGUCUCAGAGCUCCUCACCCUCCAAUCCCAAUCCGACUCCGGUGUCAUCCACCUAACCGACACUCUCAUUGCCCACCUCCUCCAACCCACCACAACCCCUCGCCCUUUCUCUCUCCUCAUCUUCUUCGACGCUUCUCAGCUCCACGACAAGCACGAACUCCACCUCAAAUCGCUCCGAUCCGAGUUCUCUCUCAUCUCUUCCUCAUUCAUCUCCAACAACAACCCAUCUUCUCAAUCCAAGCUCUUCUUCUGCGACAUCGAAUUCAAAGAAUCCCAAUCCAGUUUCGCCCAAUUCGGUGUCAAUUCGCUUCCUCACAUUCGCUUAAUCCCCUCCACGGCUCGGAAUCUCAAGGACGACACUCUCGCAAUGGACGCCGGAGACUUCUCUCGUCUCUCCGAGUCCUUGCCUGAAUUCAUUGAAUCCAAAACAAGACUCUCCGUUGGUCCAAUUCAUCGACCCCCAAUUGUUUCAAAGCCUCAAUUGAUGUUGAUUUAUGCUGCAUUGUUGAUUUUGUUGCCAUUUAUGGUGAAAAAAGUGAUUUCUGGGGAGACCCUUCUGACCGAUCCUAAGUUUUGGCUCUUCGGAGCUGUCUUUGUCUACUUUUUCAGUGUUUCGGGUGCUAUGCAUAAUAUAAUUAGGAAAAUGCCCAUGUUUUUGGCUGAUCGGAACGAUCCAUCGAAGCUUGUUUUCUUCUAUCAGGGCUCGGGAAUGCAGCUCGGGGCUGAGGGGUUUGCGGUUGGGUUUUUGUAUACUAUUGUGGGGUUGUUAUUGGCUUUUAUGACUCAUGUUCUUGUGAAAGUGAGGAAUGUGACUGUGCAGAGGAUGGUUAUGAUUACCGCGCUGUUGGUUUCGUUUUGGGCGGUGAAUAAAGUUGUGUUCUUGGACAAUUGGAAGACUGGUUAUGGAAUUCACAUGUACUGGCCUUCGCGGUGGCGGUGAGAUCAAUGGCUUGCCUUGUUGGUUUCUAGUUAUAUAGGUAUCCAAUGGAUUGUGGAAAUUUUACCUGACAUUUGAAUCUCAACCUUGUGUAACUCCAACUCCAGCUAUGGAGAUCUAUUGCAGUUGUUUCUCAAUGUUUAGAAAGUUUUAGUUUUGUGUUGGUCACUUUUAUGUACAGUUUGCAUGAAAUAGACUAAAUGCAAUGCUUUGACAAUGGCAUCAUAAGUUUGUUGGAAUUUUUUAAUGUAUGCUCUGGUGGUAAGAAGUGUUGUAAAUAUUCGGAUAUUGUUUGAUUACUGAUCCUGCAAUUUUUUGACUUUUGUAAGUAACCAACUUAUGCUGUCAUCAUUAUUACAUGAUUGCAAAAAUGACCUUUUAAUAAUUUUGUGGUAUCAAAUAACCGUGGAAAUUUUGUUUCUGAGGCA